GUUCAGACUGAGAGGAAGAGAAGAGGAAGAGUCACACACAAACACACACAGAGAAGAAGAAGAAACAGAAGAAGAGUUUAUUUCUGCGCUAUGGCUCUCCGGGACGAACUGCUGAAGUCCAUCUGGCACGCGUUCACCGCGCUGGAUGUGGACAAAAGCGGCAAAGUGUCCAAAUCUCAACUCAAGGUGCUGUCCCACAACCUGUGCACAGUGAUGAAGAUCCCACACGACCCCGUGGCGCUGGAGGAGCACUUCAAAGACGACGACGAGGGGCCCGUCUCCACCCAGGGGUACAUGCCCUACCUGAACAAGUUCAUCCUGGAUAAGGUCACAGGUAACUUUGACCGCCAGGACUUCAACAAGAUGUGCUGGACGCUGAGCUCCAGGAAGAACCUGGACCAGAGCAAGCUGCUCAUCACCAACGACGACGCCUUCAAGAUCUGGUGCAUCUUCAACUUCCUGUCUGAGGACAGAUACCCGCUGACCAUGGUCACCGAGGAGAUUGAGUACUUCCUGCGUAAGCUGACGGAGGCGAUGGGGGGCAGCUGGGUGGAGGAGCGCUUCGAGGACUACAAGCUGCAGCUGAACUCCAAGCAGCAGAGCCUGAACGUCUGGGAGCUGAUCCUCCUGAUUGGCUCGGGUCACUUCAGUAAAGGGAUGGACCGCCAGACGCUCUCCAUGGGCAUCAACGAGGUCUACCAGGAGCUCAUCAUGGACGUGCUCAAACAGGGCUACAUGAUGAAGAAAGGCCACAAGAGGAAGAACUGGACGGAGCGCUGGUUCAUGCUGAAGCCCAACUCCAUCUCCUACUACACCGGAGAGGAUCUGGCCGAGAAGAAAGGAGAUAUCUUACUGGACGGGAACUGCAGCGUGGAGCCUCUACAAGACAAAGAAGGAAAGAAGUGUCUCUUCCUCAUUAAGUCGUCAUAUAAAAGCUUUGAAAUCACUGCGUCGGACAAGAAGAAGAAGCAGGAGUGGAUCCAGGCCAUUCAGACCUGUGUGAGCCUGCUGCGUCAGGGCCGGCCGGCGCCGCACCGCGAGGCCCGGCAGAAGCGUCGGGAGCUGCGUCUGAAGCAGCAGGCGGAGCAGGAGGAGCUGGAGCUGAGGAUGAGCGAGCUGCAGACGGCUAACGAGGCCAAACAGCGCGAACUGGAGAACAUGAGGAAGGCUCUGGAGGAGGCGGCGAAUAACGCAGCAGAUGAAGAACGAAGGCGUCUUCAGACCCAAACUGAGCUCCAGGACCGCUACAGGACGGACCUGGAGAGAGAAAAAAUGGUACGGCAGCAGAUGGAGGAGCAGGUGGCUCAGAAGUCCACUGAGCUGGAGCAGUACCUGCAGCGUGUUCGGGAGCUGGAGGACAUGUACCGCCAGCUGGAGGACGCUCUGGAGGACGAGAGGCGCGCCAGGCAGGACGAGGAGGCCGUCCGCCGGCUGCAGGCACGGUUACUGGAGGAGGAGGCCACCAAGAGAGAGGAGCUGGAGGAGCUCCACCUGCGGCAGCAGCGAGCCAUUUCACAGACGGAGGCUGAGAAAGAGGAGCUGCAGAAAGAGCGGAUGGCCAAGGAGAGCGCCCUGCAGGCCGCCAUGUCCCAGCUGGAUCAGCUGGAGCAGGAGAGGCAGGGGGCGCUGGAGCAGUACCAGACGGUGAUGAAGAAGCUGGAAGACGCAACAAACAACACCAAGACCUGGAAGCACAAGGUGGCUGAACACGAGGGCUUGUUACGGCUCAUUCAACCAGGUUCAAAGGGACAGCAGAUGAUCACUAACUGGGGCCCGGCAGCUUUCUCCAACGCAGAGCUCAGUCUGAGGGAGAAGAAGUGGCAGGAGAUGAAGAACCAGACGACCCAGGCCCAGUAGAGCCCCUAACCCUCAGACCUGAACCCUAUAACAGUCUACAACCCAAGGAGAGGGCUGCUGGGAUCCACUUCCUGUGACACAACAUAUCUAAGUAGUGACUGGAAGAAGUUCUCUGCUAACUGGAGUCCAAGUUCAAGAUCAACCAGGAUAAUAUACGGCAUUUUAUAAGUAAGAGGCAUUAAGUAAUCCAUUCAUGACUUAUGUGAACCAGAACUGGUAUACUUUCUGAGUUAUACCACUAAAGGUGCAGCACAGUUGUAUUUUCACAGUUUGAGGAUAAAGGUCACUAAUUCUAGCAGGGAUCCAACAGAAUACUAAGUACAGCAGUUAUAACGCCAGUAAAAGAGCUGGAAUCAUAAAAGUUUUGUUGUUAAAUGUAUUGAUGUCAGUCGCUUGGUCCCUUGGGCCUUUAAUAUAAAUCUUUAACCCCCUAAUAUGUUACAACUACCACACAUACAGUAUAUAACAGUCAUUUUGGUAAAAAAAGUCUAGUUAAUCCACAUUUACCAGGUUCUAGCUGCCAAAAUGACGCAUCAAUCCCAGCCAGGGCAGGGCUUAGUUGCAAACAGUGGAAACAAGUUUUAACAUAUAAAAUAUUACAAUUGAUUUUUCACCUGUCGUGAUGUUUCAUGGUGAUUUUCAAGGUGCUCAUGUGACCUCUGACAUGUUAUCUCAAUGAAAAAUUGUCUCUCUGGGUUCCCAUAAGUCUCCUCUUUACACACAUGGCUGACUCCCAAUUCAGAUCUAAGAUUUUUUUUCUUAUUUGACCAAACAAUUCUUGAUUUAAUUAAAUUUUGUGAGCACAAAAUGCAGUUAAAUCGCAAUAUAUUGUAUCGCAAAAUGCUUAAGAUCGAGAUAAUAUCGUAUCAUGAGUCAAGUAUCGGGAUAAUAUCAUAUCAUGGGGCCUCUGGUGAUUCUCACCUCUAAUAUUUAGGUAACAUGUUGGUGCAUUUAAUCUUGUGUGCACAUAUGUUACUAAAAAUAACGACCAUAUUUUCAAUUUUCAGCAAACAAAAGCUGAUGCCUUGUCGCAACAACUUGUUGAUCCCAGCUAGCAUGACAGAAUGAAAGUAUCGUAACCAGACAAAUUUUGAAAGACGAGUCUAUUCACUUAAGACCAUUCAGGCUUCCGUAGGAAAAUGGUCUGCUCGCUACUGAAGCUAUCAAGUUUCUUUUAAAUAGCAUUGGAAGUGCUCUGUGGAAGGGUUGCAGCGGUAUACUGGUUUCAUGAUAUACUUGGUAUGAAUCAUUAUUCAAUGGAAAUUUGCUGAUCUACACUAAAAAUGGACGAUCAUCCUCGUCUUAUUUACUUUUUCCACAUACAAUCAUGGAAAAAAUGAUUAGACCACCCUUGUUUUCUCCUUGCUUUCUUGUUCAUUUUAAUACCUGGUACAACUAAAGAUACAUUUGUUUGGACAAAUAUAA